CGUUACUGUCGAGAUCGAGGAGUUGUCUAUAUAUAUAUACCAAAAAUUAACAGAUUGCGCAUCAUAAUGAUACGUACGUUUUGUCUGAAGGUUAUAUAGCGGAAGUUUUUACAAGCUUUUUAUAAUUUGUUAAUGUCAAGUGUAAAUUACAUAAGAAAAAUGAUUAUUUCACAGUUAGCAUGUCGUUCUAUAUUAUCCAAAAUAAUAAGACAUGCUUGUAACAAUGGUAAAGAAAAAACUAGAUUUAUGUCUACACAAAGUCCAAAAGUAAAUACGAAAAGUAAUGUUGAAACUGUUCAUGACAUAGGAACUCAUAUGCAUCCUGUUUCUAAUUUCGACAGAAGAGUAUUAGUAUGGGUGAAACGAUAUCCAUCUAUGGCUGAUGUACCUGCACAAGUCACACGUGAUUGUAUACUGCAAGCAAGAACCAAAGCUAGAGUACGCACUUGCAACAUUAUGAUAAUAAUCUCAGUAAUAGGAUUUCUAGUUGCUGCUAUAACUGGAAAACGAGAAGUAGCAGUAGGAAAUACAUUGUUUAAAAAAGAUCAGGAAUGGCAAGAAAACUUACGAAAAGAGUACAAAGCAGAGUUAGCAGCUGCAGAUAAAAAGUAAAAAGUGCUUUACUUUUUAUUUAUAGCUAUUAAUUUAAUAAACAUAUUUAUAUGUUAUAAGAAUCAAUGAAUAUAACAUGUAAUAAUUUGAAUGUUUAUUUCUUGCAUGCAGUAUUUUUGAAAUUAUGAAAUAAUAGUACUGAAAAUGAUGUAAUAAUUUCUGAUAGUUUUAAACAAUAGUUAACUGUAUUUAUUAUAUAUGAGUAAAAGCUAUUUUUAUAAAAUAGCUCAAAAAAUAUAUAUGCAUACAAUUAUUUAUAUUGCAAUAUUUUUUGUACAUAGAUACAAUGAAAUAUUACCAUUGCCAUAACUACUUUCAUACUUGUACUGUCAUCAUAUAAUUUUAAUUUUCAUGCAACAAUAUUUUCGAGAUUUAAAUAUAUUUUGUCUAUGGCCAUGUAGUUUUCAUUUGUGCUAAUAAAGAGAAGACACAUUUGUUUUUCUGUUUUUCUUUUUAUAAAAUAUAUUUAAUAAACAGGUAGACCUUUAAUAUAUGCACAUAACAAGAUAGUUGUUGACUCUAAUUAUCUCAUCCUUUAUAAAAAAUUCAUUUGUCGCAAAAACGUACGAUCAUACGAUUUCAGUUAUUGAUAUCCACGAACGUUUAACUAUUUUAUUACCAGCAAGAUAAUUUGUACACUGUAACAGCAAAAAGAAUCCUUCCAUAAUGAUUUUAUUUAAUUCAGUAUCCAUAAAUUACGUACUUUUUUAUUGUUAUAACUAUUACAUACAUACAUUACUUUUUUAAAAUCAUAUAUCAUGUGGAAGAAUUCUGUAAAAGAUAUUCUAUGGACUAGUUGGUGGUUUAUAAUAACUGCGACACCUAUCAUGAUAAGCUUGCAUUGUACGAUUUCUCAAAACUUCUUCCACACCAAGUUCUGAUUGCAAUAAGCGUAAAUUAUUCUGUUCUUUUCGUAAA